AUGGGGAUUUUGAAGCUAUCCCAAGCUUUUAUGAGCAUGGCCAUGGUGGCUUUUCUUGUUUAUUUGCUGUUGAGAUUGCUAUUCUCUUGCUGGAUUCUGCCCAUUCGAGCUUACCGCAAGAUCAAGAAGAAUGGGUUUGAAGGUCCAACUCCUAGUUUUCCUCUAGGAAAUAUUACAGACAUGAAAAAUACUAAGAAUUAUGUUAAUGAUUCCUUACUUAGAUCCUCUGCCGCUAUUUCCCAUGAUAUACACUCCACUGUGUUUCCUUACUUUGCUCGGUGGCAAAAGACUCAUGGAAAAGUGUUCAUCUACUGGCUGGGGACUGAGCCAUUUUUAUACAUUGCUGAGCCAGAGUUCCUUAAGAAAAUGUCAUCGGGAGUGCUGGGUAAGAACUGGGGAAAACCCAGUGUGUUUAGGCGUGAUAGAAAGGCUAUGUUCGGAAGAAGCGGAUUGGUGAUGGUUGAAGGAGAGGAUUGGGUUCGUCAUCGCCAUGUUAUUACUCCUGCAUUCUCCCCAGCUAACUUGAAGGCCAUGGCAAGCUUGAUGGUGGAACCGGCCACUAAUAUGCUAAACAGGUGGACUACCUUAAUAAGUUGUGGUCAAGCUGAAAUCGAUGUUGAAAGAGAAAUCACAACAACGGCAGGGGAGAUCAUUGCAAGGACAAGCUUCGGCUUGAGCCACCAAAACGGCAAUAAAGUGUUUGAGAAAUUGAGAGCCGCGCAAACCACACUUUUCAACUCCAACCGCUAUGUGGGUGUUCCUUUCAGCAAAUGGAUUUGCCCUAAGAAAAACCUCGAAGCCACAAAACUUGGCCACGAAAUAGAUCAACUCCUUUUAUCCAUCAUCCACGCUCGUAAGCAGUCUUGGGAUGGAUCCCCUCAGAAGAACUUGCUGGGUUUAUUGAUGGAAGGCAGCCACCUCGACGGCCGGUCCGGGAAGAGCUUAACCGCUAGGGAGCUUGUUGAUGAGUGCAAGACUUUCUUCUUCGGUGGCCAUGAAACCACUGCAUUGGCUCUCACUUGGACCUUGCUGCUUUUGUCCUUGCAUCCCCAGUGGCAAUACCAAUUGAGGGAGGAAAUUAAACAAGUGAUUGGAGAUGAGGAGAUCGACUUUACUCGAUUUGCCCACUUAAAGAAGAUGGAGUGGGUGAUGAAAGAGGUGCUAAGACUCUACUCACCAGCACCAAAUGCACAAAGGCAAGCAAGAGAAGAUAUAAAAGUGGAUGAGCUUGUUAUCCCUAAUGGAACCAACAUCUGGAUCGACGUAGUUUCCUUGCACCAUGAUCCUACAAUAUGGGGAGGCGACGUGAAUGAGUUCCGACCAGAAAGGUUUAAGGACGAUAGUCUAUACGGAGGAUGCAAGCAUAAGAUGGGGUUUUUGCCAUUCGGAUUUGGAGGGAGAAUGUGUGUUGGGAGGAAUUUAACAAUGAUGGAGUACAAAGUUGUAUUAACCCUUAUGCUUAGGAGGUUUUCCUUUUCAAUCUCUCCUAAUUAUCGCCAUUCACCUUCUACUAUGCUUUCCCUAAGGCCUAAAUUCGGACUUCCUCUCAUUGUUAAACCCCUUUAA